AAAACAAGCGGCCACUAAACAUAAAAGGAAGGCCAAAAGAGCUUAGAAAUCUCAAAGACAUGGCUUCAAUUGCUAUCUCUGCCUCAUUUCCAAGAUCAUGUACUUCAAAUCAUGUCUCCAACAAGCAACAACGUCGUCAAGCCCGACCUACCUAUUCCUCCAUGACGAAAAACCCGACCCCAGAGCUAAUCAAAACUCCCUACGUUGGCGACCGAGAUGCCUUAGACGCUCCCAAACGUCAUGGAAACGUUGCAUCAGCUACGGACAAGCUAGAGGAAGAUACUGACGAUAUGAACCAUGGCCAAACGUUCACAGAUGAGAGAUGGAAAAAUGGGACAUGGGAUCUCAAUAUGUUUGUGAAGAAUGGCAAGAUGGAUUGGGAAGGUGUCAUCGUCGCAGAAGCAAAGAGGAGGAAGUUUCUUGAAUUGUAUCCAGAAACAGCUACAAAUCACGAACCAGUGCUCUUUAGAAGCUCCAUUAUACCUUGGUGGGCAUGGCUCACCAAAUCCUACCUCCCACAAGCCGAACUACUUAACGGUAGGGCAGCAAUGAUAGGGUUCUUCAUGGCCUAUCUAGUGGAUGCAUUAACAGGAAUUGGAAUAGUUGGGCAAAGUGGGAAUUUCAUAAGCAAAGCAGCCCUUUUUGUAACAGUCAUUGGUGUGUUACUGUUUAGGCAAACCAAAGAUAUUGAAGGCUUAAGAAAGCUAGCCGAAGAAGCCACCUUCUAUGACAAGCAAUGGCAAGCUUCGUGGCAAAACCAAAAUGAAAACUCCACCUAGAAAAUAUAUUUAAUUUCUCUUUAAUAA